GGUAUCCGCCCCCGAAAAGACGAACAACAAAAAUGGAGUUGCGAACUAGUAGCAAGUUACCUUCCUAAGAACGUCCAGUUUUACUUUUUGUUUUUAUUACCUUUACACGAGUGGAAGGUUGCUGUUGAUACUGAAUUUGAAGUGGUGUGAUGCGACAAUAUCGAAGUCAUACGUAGUUCAUGUUUUAUAGCAGUCGUAAGAAGCUGUCGAACGGGUAAACAAACCGGUAUCUUAGCUACGACAAAGACAUCAAGGCUAAGUGGCUAGCUAGCAGAAACAGUAGCUCGUUUUCACUCUCACGGUUCUUGGCUAACGUUAGCUAGUCAACGGACGAAGAGCUCUGACAGAAAUGGAGAAGGGAGAUUUUCUGAAGGGACUUCCUGUCUACAACAAAAAUAACUUCAGCAGGUUCCAUGCAGACUCUGUAUGUAAAGCAUCAAACCGUCGACCAUCUGUGUAUCUUCCAACCCGGGAAUAUCCAUCAGAACAGAUCAUAGUCACAGAGAAGACAAACAUCCUAUUGAGGUAUCUUCAUCAGCAGUGGGACAAAAAGAAUGCAGCUAAAAAGCGCGAGCAGGAACACGGAGAGGGAGAGAACACGGCCCCUCCACGGAAAAUUGCCAGAAUAGACAGUCGGGAGCUGAACGAUGAUUCGUAGAUUUCUGUGCUAUUGAUGCACACACAGCAGAGACUGACCUUUACAUACAAAAUGCACACAGAGAUACAGGAUACAUGGUUGCAAACUCACGCCUUGAGACUGAAGCACACAAGGAUUGAUAACAUUUCAGACUACAGCAGGCAUGACAUUAAUCCCCCAAAACAUCUGUCUUAAUGUUUGUAUUUACUUCAGAUUUCCUCUAACCAAAAAUGUUUUAGUUUGUUUACUACUCUCAUCCAGUAUUUUCUUUACUUCCAAGACACCUCUGCCUCAGGUUUCAGUCUUUGUAGUUUGAUAAUAGCAUAAAUCUACCUCCUUAUUCCUCCACCCCUCUGGUUUUCCAUUCACUUAUCAUCAGUUUUCUUUUAAUUAUGCAGGGCGUAAAGUCAUUGCUCCCCUGCUGUUAUUUAGGGGUUUACUGCUGUAGUUGUUCAUACCAUCUCUGAGAUAAGUGACAUGCCAUCUUUUGUAGCUCCUCCUCCAUUAGGAUGUUUUAGUUUUAAAUUAUGUAAUGACAGUGUUCCUAAACACUUUAUUUUAGCCCAUCCUUUGUGAUUGCUGUCAUUACAGUAACAGGAAGUAAAACUGCAUUGUGUUUGUUGCUUAGUUUUAAUUGUCCAUUCAGGGUUUGUUAUGGACUGUUGCAGAAGAAGACACAAGUGCUGAAAGAAAUUUUAUGUUUUCUCCUGAUGAAUAAUGAUUUAUUGCCUUAAAUGGAAGUGAGUGUGUUUUCACUAUGUUUUAGAGUGUCCUUUGGUUUACAUGUUGUUUCAGGGGAAGAGCAAUGAAUGGAUAUUAGCAUGUCUUUUAAAUACGGACACAUUCAAGCCAAUAGAGUCAUGCUACAGGAAGCAAACAUUUUGUACAGUGCGACUUGCAGAUUUUGUAGCCAGUUUGAUGCUCAGUAGUAUGACAUCACCAUUUUAUAAGCAGUGCUUGUAUCUUUGUAAUCACAAGGUUAGCACAAUAUUUUAUGGAAUAGGUGACGACUGCAAGUACUUAGCUGUACUGACGUAUAGGUGACUUGAAGAAACUGCUGUCAAUCCUUGUUAUAAAUGUGCCAUUCACAUUUGUUUAAAUAAGUUGAUCAUUUGAGUCGUAUUGAGGGAAUGUGUGUUUGGAUCUACAAGCUUCUGACAGCAGGGUUAAAUAGUCUGUGUUUGCUGCUCAUAAAGUAAGUAAAGCUCAUCACAAGGCUCCACAGCUCUUUUUGCAUAUUUUAAUUGUUCUGACCCUUUUAUCAGGUGACAAUUUUUUCUUUCAUAAACCAGCCAUAUAGUUAUUUCAAUUUGUUUAGCCAAUUAGUUAUUUUACGCUGGAAGGAUUCAAGCCAGAGUUUGUUCAAAAUAAACAUAAGCAUCUUACAUAAUUGGGUUUGCACCUUUAGAAAUAUCACAUUGUGUGCAUUUAUAAAAAGUAAUCAGCUGGAAAUAUUUUGCCAGAUUUUCAAUAAUGUUUGGCACAAUUGACAGUUAAGUCUAUUUUAUGUUUUUAUAAUUUGUUCCAGAUUAAACAGUAUAUGCUUGUUUAUAUCAGUCAAAAUAAGUAGAACACACACUAAGUUUCCCAAGUAUGGCUUUAAACCAGAGACAUGCAGUGUUUUAUUUACUUAACUUUACUUCAUAGAAGAGUGUGCUUAUUCUACUUGUUUCAUAUGGUCUGUAUUCCAUCACAUGAUUAGGUUUUGGAUGUUAGGUUGUGAAAUGGUUUGCUUUGAGUUUAUUGUAUAAAUGUAUUGUCACUUUCA